AUGCCCUUUGCAGCUUGCUUCGCGACCACCACCAUGUCUGCCAAUAUCGCCGCUCUCGAAUCCUUCUUUCGUCGCAUUCUACGCAUCACAGUCACCGAUGGCCGUGUCUUCAUUGGUUCUUUUGCUGGCACGGACAAGCCGCUCAAUAUUCUCCUCGUAAACACUGAAGAGUUUCGUAUCGGCCCCGACGAAAAUCCAGACGGAAGGUUCGUUGGCCAGAUCAUGGUCCCAUGGCAUCUUGUUGUUAAAGUGGAGCUGUAUCGAGAAGAUACGAAUGGGUUGGAGGCGCUGGAAUACAACGAUGAGGACAGGUAUACUUGA